AUGUCUUUGCAAUUGCUCCGCCAUGGGGCCACAAAUACGGAGACAUGCAAAGCCAUUUCACCGAAAUACGACUCUGCAUGUUCAGUCAAACAGCAUGGAUGUGUGGAAGCCGAUGAGACAUUGCUUUCGCGGCUACACGAUGCUGGUGGUUAUUAG